AUGAGUGUCGCCGGUCCAGCACGGCUUGCUUCACAGCUUGAAGAAAUCGCCGCAGAUGAGCCGCUCUCAAACCGCGACAUGAAAAUCCUUCCUGCCAACUACACGUUCGAAAUACCGAAAACUAUUUGGAAAAUUCGCUCAACUGGUAGCAAGCAAGUCGCUUUACAAUUUCCUGAAGGUCUGAUUAUGUAUUCUGGACUGAUUGCUGAUAUACUCGAGAAGUACACUGGCUGUGCAACCGUAAUUAUGGGAGACGUUACCUAUGGCGCAUGUUGUGUCGAUGAUUAUACAGCGAAAUCUCUAGGUUGCGAUCUCCUGGUUCACUACGGGCACAGCUGUCUUGUGCCAAUUCAGAAUACCGAAGGGAUAUCAAUGCUUUAUAUAUUUGUUAAUAUCAAUAUCAACAUAAGUCACUUUGUUGAUUGCAUCCGAGCUAAUUUCACGGCUCCUUGUAAAAUUGCUCUUGUUAGCACAAUCCAGUUCGUGACCUCAUUACAGGUUGUACGCAACUCUUUGUUGGAUAGUGGCUUCGAAAUUAUUCUUCCACAGUGCAAGCCACUGAGUCCGGGAGAAGUGUUGGGGUGCACAUCUCCACGACUCGAUGAUAGCUGCGAUGCGGCCAUAUAUCUCGGCGAUGGAAGGUUCCACUUAGAGUCUUUGAUGAUCCAUAAUCCCACUCUGAAGACAUUUCAGUAUGAUCCGUAUUCAAGGAAAUUUACUCGAGAAUAUUACGAUUUCAACGUAUUGAUGAAAAAUCGUAAAGGAGCCGUCGACAUAGCACGCAAAUGUACUACAUUUGGCCUGAUCCAAGGAACGCUAGGGCGCCAAGGAAACAUCAAAAUUGUGGAGGAACUAGAACGGAGAUUGGUCAGCAAAAAUAAAAGAUUCGUACGAGUGCUGCUGUCAGAGAUCUUUCCAGAUAAAUUGGCGAAAUUUGAAGAAGUUGAUUGCUGGGUCCAAAUUGCGUGCCCUCGGUUAUCUAUAGACUGGGGCGUGGAAUUUCAGAAACCGCUUUUAUCUCCAUUUGAGCUUGCAGUUGCACUCGACGAGAUAUCGUUCCCGUCCUCACACUAUCCGAUGGACUAUUACUCUAACGAUUCAUUAGGGCCAUGGACGAACAAUCACGAAUCGUAUCGGCCUGUGAGAGUGAAACGACGGCAGAAACUCGUGGUUACGGCUGAGGGAGUCUAA